CAGUGACUAAAGUGAAAUUUUAAUCUUAUUUUACGGCUUCCAUAAACGCAACAUAACUUCAGUUUAUUGACAAGAAUUUCUAACAGUUACGUGCAUUCCAGUAGCAUUUCGUGGGUACUCUUUGCAAUGAGUUUGAAUUCAAUUUGUAUCUUCGCCAUUAAAUUAGCAGUUGUGUCAGUUGUGAAAAUGUCAUUACGUGUUGUUUAUGUCCCGUUUGCAUUCUUGCUCCAAAACGCUUAGGAUGCUUACCAAUUUGCACGUAACCAAAUUCAAUUGACCGUAGAAGUGCGCGUGUUCUGCAUUUAUCUGUCUGUCAGCAGCGUUAUUAGUGCAUAACUACUUUAGGAGCUCACCUUGGACGCAGCUUAUUUUGCUGCUUGUUUUGCUUAUCAUAUUAUGGCCAUUCUCCAGUCGUGCUGUUUUUGGAAAACCGUUCGAAAGGGCAGUUUUGCAAGUGCAAUAUACACAUUGAUAUAUUUUGGGUUUUCUACUUUAAUAUUAUUCAUAUAUUUGAAUGAAGAAAAAGAAUAUCUUUUUGGCAAACAAGACCAACCCGCUGGGGAAAGUAUACUAGAAAAAGGAGACAUAACGGCAACCACUGUGAUAUUCAACGUUUUAUUUUUUGGCUGUUCUUUCCUAUUGGCAUUUUCAUCAAUUUUAGUGUUAGUAGGUUUAAAAAAUGACAAACGUGAACUUUUAAUACCAUGGAUAAGUUUUAUGCUGUGCGAUGUUUUAAUUGAAAUUGCACACUUGAUUUACUUAUCAUUCAAGGAGAAAGUAAUUUUCGACCCAAUUGUUGGCUUUCUAUUUACCAUAGACUUUUUCAUAAUGUGUCUCAAUUGCUAUUGUCUGCUUUGCGUGAUAUCACAAUACCAAGACUACAAACAAGGACGUGGUUGUGGCCGAACACAGAUGAGAGCUGAAGUAAUGCUACAAGUAAUGCGUAAUGAACCAAAUGGUACUUCAUUAAGUCCACCAGCAUAUCAGCAGAAGCAUUUAGCUACAAGUCCUUUUGUAACUUCAAAUCAGCAUACGAAUAUCUCGACUAUACCUGAAGAAGCUGAAGAAAGUUUGAAGCACACUCUUACUAAAGAAUGUACGAAUUCAAUGGAUAGAGAAACAUUGGCAAUUAAUGUUUCUCCAGAAAAUUGUGCACAACAUCGAUUCAAAAUACCAACCAUUACAGUGGAUUCCAAUUCCAAACUAUAAACCGUGCGAGAACACUGAUUACCAUACGUCAAUUGAAAUUGAAAGUGCUUAUUUUUAAGAAUGAAAUUAAUUUGGAAAGAUUUCGA